GAUUGCAAAGUCUGUACCCGACGCCGAAUUCGAUGUGACCGUACAAUGCCGUUUUGUCUCAAAUGUAUGAAACGAAACAUUGAAUGCCCCGGAUACGGACGAAAUCUUCGAUGGGCGAAUGCCGUAGCAGUGCGAGGCCGUUUCAAAGGGAUGCAAUAUCCCAAGGAUCCAUCUCAGACCAAUGAACUUGCGAACGGAUUGUCAGUACCAUGGUCUAAAGUUGCUGAAACAAUAGCCAAGAUGGCCUCCGGAGCCCCAAACGCCGGACAAAUUGAACACCUAGUCUCUUACUACUCAAGAAAAAUCGCUGGGAACAUGAUUUGGGUUGAUUCGCCGUCGAACUCUUACAGGCGACUUGUUGUGCCCAGGGCAAAAUCAUCUCCCAUCAUCCUCCUUGCCAUCCUGGCCGUAUCCGCUGAGCACAUGGCCGCUAUCGAGCCAUCGCUCCUUUCAUUCGCUCCCAAGGCCUGCGAUAUCGUCGUUUCACAUAUCACGAAAGAAUUAUCCAGACUCACAGGGUGUUUUGAUCAUCAAAAGCCACGAGAUAUUCUAGAUCUAAAGACGGUGGAAUGGAUCCUCGCCUCGAUGCUCAUCCUCUCCAACUACGAGUGCAUUGGAGUCACUUCUGCAGCAUGGUGUUCGCAUCGGCUCGGUGCACGGCUUCUCGUCAACAGAUUUUCGGACUCUAUCGCUGAGGCAAGCGAGCUGUUCAGAUUUCUUCGGGCCCAAUUCGGGAUUCACGAUGUUCUAGCGUCAACAACAACAUGUGUGUACAUGGGCACAGAUGAUGUGGUGCUGCCAAAGCAAGGUGACCCGGAAGCCCUGCUGUCGGAGUACAUGAGGCUUAUUCACAAACUCACAAUCUAUGUGACGAAUAAGACAUCACAGAGUAUCCCCCAUCCAGCAGCUCUGCGGAUGGAGUUUGAGAAGGCCCGUGGUCUCACCCUGAUGAACGCAUCCACAUCAGCUCUUCUUUACGAUGAAUCAACUCGCCUGACCUUUGUUCACCUUGUUGAAGUCUAUCAUCUUGCAGCACAGCUAUAUGCAUAUCGGUGUGUUUACAACUUCGCGUCCGAGAAUGCUGAGAUAUCCUAUACCACGCAACAACUGUUUGAGAGAUUACAAAGUUGCGCAUCUAAUGACGCGUUGAUUCAACAUUUAACGUGGCCAGUCUUCAUUGCCGGAACUGAAUGUUACUACUGCGAGGAAAGGCAGAAUUUGGUAUUGAAGUGGUAUCGUGAUAUUAUCAACAAAACCGGCUUUAGGAACUACGAAGUGGUUGUCUCCUUCAUGAAGCAGUUGUGG